UCUGCCGGGAGGCCGCAUCCCUGUGCGAGACACUCAGCGCUGCGCAGGAUACGGCCCUGGACAUGGCCCCCGAGCUCACACGGGCCGUCACCAACGUGGUCUGCUCCCUCUGCUUCAACUCCUCAUACCGGCGCGGGGACCCCGAGUUCGAGGCCAUGCUGGAGUACAGCCAGGGCAUCGUGGACACUGUGGCCAAGGAGAGCUUGGUGGACAUCUUCCCCUGGCUCCAGAUCUUCCCCAACAAGGACCUGGCCCUGCUGAAGAGAUGCCUUAAGGUCCGGGACCAGCUGCUCCAGCAGAAGUUCACUGAACACAAGGAAGCAUUCUGUGGAGACACUGUGAGGGACCUCAUGGAUGCCCUCCUGAAAGUGAGGCUCAGCGCCGAGAACAGCAGCUCCCCAGCACCAGGGCUGGAGCUGACGGACGACCACCUCCUCAUGACGGUGGGGGACAUCUUCGGGGCUGGUGUGGAGACCACCACAACUGUGCUCAAAUGGGCUGUGCUCUACCUGCUCCACUACCCUGAGGUCCAGAGGAAGAUCCAGGAGGAGAUGGACCAGAAGAUUGGCCUGGCACGUCACCCCCACCUCAGCGACCGCCCGCUGCUGCCCUACCUGGAGGCCACCAUCAGUGAAGUGCUGCGCAUCCGGCCCGUGUCCCCCCUACUCAUCCCACAUGUGUCCCUUGCUGACACCAGCAUCGGGGAGUACUCCAUCCCCAAGGGUGCCAGGGUCGUCAUCAACCUCUGGUCCGUGCACCACGACGAGAAGGAGUGGGACAAGCCUGAGGAGUUCAACCCCGGCCGCUUCCUGGAUGAGCGGGGCCAGCACAUCCACUCGCCCUCGCCCAGCUACCUGCCCUUUGGGGCUGGGAUCCGCGUCUGCCUGGGCGAAGUCUUGGCCAAGAUGGAGCUCUUCCUCUUCCUGGCCUGGAUGCUGCAGAGGUUCACGCUGGAGUGCCCCCAGGACCAGCCCCUGCCCUCACUGGAGGGCAAGUUUGGCGUUGUGCUGCAGGUGCAGAAGUUCCAGGUGAAGGCCAGGCUGCGGGAUGUCUGGCGAGUGGUUUCAUGAUGGGGACAAGCCCUGGAUCCCAGGCAGCGGUAGGGUGGGGUGGGGUGGGAUGGGACCGCAGAGGUGGUGUCCUGCCUGCCCCACGGAUGCAGGGUGGUCUGGAUAAAGCUGUUCCAAAC